AUGCCCCUCAACGAUGCCCAGUUCUUGGCGCUGGUGAAAUCCCUGGCACAAGAGCUGCCCUCAGCCUUUCCAUCACGCUGCCGUUUGGCGAUCGAAGAGCUCUCCGAGAAGGGCACUGAGAGAGGGAAAGACCUACCUCCAGAUCUCUGCAAAGCAGUCUUGACCUUCGUCUGCUCGGUGGCAUCUCCGCGUGUCGCUGCCCAGCCGGAGCUGCAGUUCCCCUGUUUGGAGCUCUUGGGACGAGCAGGCCUGGCAGUGCGAGCCUACGAGGAGGAUGCCAGCAAAGCAGAUGUGCAGGCAUUUUUCUUCAAGCUGCUCAAGAAGGAGGCGAAAACCCAGCCGGCCUUCAAGCCGAGGGUAAUGGUUUUCCUGCUGCAGUACCUUCUACGAUGGCUACAGUCCAGCAAUGCCUUGAAGUGCCUUUCGAAAGAAGGCGCCUUCAAGCCCGAGGUGAUCACCUCACUGCUGGAGGCUUUGGCCUCGGAGAUGGGCAAAUGCCUCCGAUGGCAGCAGAAGUGGCAGCUCAAGGCGACUCGAGCUUUGCGAAAAGUCCUGGCAACAACUCGCGAGGUUGCAAUGCCUUGGGCGCUGGCCUUCCUCAAGAAGUCUGAGGACCCUCCCGCGCUGCUGGUCGCCGCUGUCACCACCAGUGAAGGCGUCGAUCGUGCUGCUUUGGUCGAGCUCUACACCAAGCAUGUCCUGGAGGCCAAGAAGCCCUUAGCCGAGUUCAGCCUCGCCGCAUGGGGUCCAGCAGUGACUGCUGCCAGCGCAGAGGAGUUCGAAAAGCAGCUGCUGCCGACAGCAAUGCGCAUGAUGAAGCGCCAGCCUGCAGCCAGCGCAACGUCCUUUCCUGCCAUGGUGAGCAGCGCGAAGCUGGAUCUUUCGUCUCAGGCCAAGGAGUUGCUGGAGCUCGCGCCGGAAAAGCUGAAAGACAAG